UUGAUCUCUUUAAUUUUCUUUCUCUUUCUACCUCACCUUGAUUUCUUUUUAUCCUCCCUAAAACAUUUUUCCUUGUUAGUUUUCUCUUUUAAAAACAAUUCUCUCACUGAAAACAAUUAGUGUUCAAUUCUUUUUUCUGCUUUUCUCCAUCUCUUCAUUUUCUCUUUUAAAAACCUUAUUCUCUCUGCGAAUGAACAUAAUCACCGAAUUCAGGUCAUCUUCAAGUCUAACAUGGCAUUUUUUGAUGAUAAACUAUUCCUUCUUUCCCAUAUAAGGCAUUCUUUCAUUACCUGUGAUCCUACAGAAAUGUGUGAAAUGGUUAUGUUACAUGAGCCGAUGCCUCAUUAUUUUGGUUCGGUUGCUGAUGUUCAUUUGCUUAAAACGGUCGAAAUUGAAGCGAAAUCGGACCUUCUUGAUGCCACUCAAUCAUGUGAAAUUGUUUCCGACAUUGAGAUGAUCACUGCUCAUCGAGGACGUUCAAAUACUGCCCAAAGGUUGGAAAGACUGAAGGAAGAGAAAAGAUCAGCGGCAAAAACUAAAUAUAUUCAUUGGGAGGACGUCAAAGUGAAUGUUACUGAUGAUGAACUGUCCGAAUUAUUCCCGAGAAAAUCUGAAGAAGAGAUAAAAGAAUCUUCAAGAGAAAGUCUUCCAAAAAAGUCUAUUCUUUCCUUCCUGGUGGAAAAAUCUCCGGACAAUCCAUUUAAAGAAUUUGCCAAGUUCGAUGCUCGAGUUGGUGAUAGACGAAGAACCCGAAAUUAUGAGAUCAUUUUACAUAAUAUCGCCGGUGAGCAGAGACUCAAAACACUCCAAGUGGUCAUUUUUACCAAUGCCCGUGUCAGAGAUUUGAUUGGAUUAACUUGCUGGUUGUACACAAAUGAAGUUAAUGAACCCGAAUUAGAACCGGCUGUUGAUAAAUAUUGUCUCAGAAUAGCGGAAGAUAAUGGAGAAAUUGAUACAGAUUUUCCUGCUCUCAAUCCCACCGAUAUAGUUGAGAAAUAUGAAUUUCGGACUUUAGCCAUGGUCGAAAGUGGCGAUGACUCGGGUAGCUAUUCAGAAGCAACUCCCAUAACAUCAUUCUCAGCUCUCAGAUUGCACGAUAUUCAACCAAGUUCAACAAAGAUUCUCUAUUUUGAACCCAAGAUAUCAACUCCAACAAGUACACAGGAACAUCAUCGACCUAAAAAACACCUAAAGGUGUCAGCUGUUUUCAAGAAAUUCCCUUGGAAAGGAGACAGUAAACACAAGAAAGAUGCUAAUCUAGAUAAAUUAGCCUGAUUGAAGUGAAUCAAAAUGGUUGGACAUUCUGUUUUUUUAUCGUUUUCUGGUCAAUUACAAAUACAUACAAAAUCCUUACCCCAAAUAAUGAAAAACACUUUGGACAAAAACAAGAAUCAUGGAACAAAUAAAAUGAUCAUGAUUAUUUUCGAUUGUUAUUUUCAAUAUA